AUGGCGGAUCGGCAGCAGCAGCAGCAGCACGGUGACUCGCACGCCCCGGACCCAUCAACCCUCCUCCACCGCGUGCAGGCGCACGCCCCAACCUCGACCCAGAUCGUCGGCCUGCUAACCCUCCUCCUCGCCGGCGCCGCGCUGCUCCUGCUCGCGGGCCUCACCAUCACGGGCGCGGUGGUGGCGCUGGUCUUCCUGGGCCCGCUCGCCCUGCUCACCAGCCCCAUCUGGGUGCCCUUCGCGCUCGCGCUCUUCGUCGUCGGCUUCGCCGCGCUCUCCGCCGCGGGCUUCGCCGUCGCCGCGCUCGCCGCGGCCACCUGGGCGUACCGCUACCUCACGGGCCGCCACCCCGUCGGCGCCGACCAGGUGGACCGCGCCCGCAGCCGCAUCGCCGAUACCGCCAGCCACGUCAAGGACUACGCGCGCCGCGAGUACGGCGGGUACCUCAACAACCGGGUCAAGGACGCCGCGCCCGGCGCCUAGCUAGGUAGAUCCCGCUCGAUCGCCGCCGUGCCUGCGUGCGCGAACCUAGAUCGUCAUCUCGUUUUUCUUCGAUCCCUGCUCGAUCUGUGUAUUUCCCCUGUUAGUUGUUGAUCUCAAGGCUUUCUCGAACUACUCGCUAAAUUAGCUUGGUAA